AUGAAAUUCCUCAAAGACCUCAGUAUCGAAACAUCAAAUUCCCAAGCCACCCACAAAGAAUACGAACCCGAACCAUAUCCCUUAUCCCGCGAAACCCCCACCCUAGAAACCCAAAACAACGAACUCCAAAAACUCAACGCCGAACUACACGCAUACUACAAAGCCGCCCAGGCAACUAUAUCCGAACUCCAAGCCGAAAAGAGCGCCUAUGCAAAACGCAACACGAAACUAGAGGGUGCUAUUGCAGACGCUUGUAAUGCGAUUGACGGAUUCGUCGGAUCUUGCACCCCCGCCAAAACAUACGAUGAGGUUUGUGCGGAGUCGUGGGAUAGGAAUAAAAUCGUUGAUGUUCGUGUUCCUAUCCGGAGUAUUAACGCCGACACUGAUACUAGACCUAGAUGA